AUGGCAAUGCACGAAUGCGAGGCCUAUUGGCAGGAGUUCCUUCGUCGUCCGAAGGAGCAGCUUCUGCUGCGAGAGGAGCAGAAACAUCUGCAGAAGGAAACGGCCAGCUGCAUGGCUGCACAGAAAGCUGCAAAAGUCGCCGAGUUGGAGCGCGCCAUAGCUGGCUGUUCACCUGAAAAGCAGAAUCUUCUUCGGCCUAUUAUGAAAACCCCUGGACUUUUAGAGCGUUUACACGAAUGUUUACUGCAAUGCGAGGGAAACAUAAAUUUAUUCAGCGAAAGAAUCGAUAAGGAUCAGGCCCUCUCUGCUCUGAUUCAAGAGAAAGCAGACGAAUUCAAACGAAACCCCCAAACUUUCAUCAGCCAAGAACAGCAAUUCAAAGAGCUGCAGGAGGAAGCAACACGGCCGCUCGAUGCAGCAGAAAUGCAGUAUUUAAAAACUCGCAAGUGGACGGAUUUGCCUCAAGAAGAACUCGCAGAAAGAAUGUCAAAGGGAGAGAUAUGCCCAAGAGAAGAAUGGAUACCAGGUAUAUCAAAGGGAAAGCGGCCGCUAGAGGGAGCAGCCCUGGAGGAGCAUCUAUCUUUCGGUGAUCGGCUGCUGCGGGAGGGCCGGGAGGCGUACACCGCAAAGAACAGCGAGCUGGCGUUUAUGCGUUUCAAGCAAGGCAUAGAGUUGAUGAAUUGGGUCGAAGCAAAAGACAAACAGCAACAAACACGAGUAGAACACAUCUUUUCUCUCUUUCUUAAAAAUGCUGCACAGGCAGCAAUUCAACUCGGAAAAUAUCAAGAAGCAAUUCGUAUGCACUUUAUGUCCGAGCCUGUUGUGUCUGAGCUGAAAGAACUACGAAGCUUAGCUGACUUCGACUAUCGUCGUCUUGUCAUCCGCUGCCGCAAAUAUCUCCCUGAGGUGCAGCGCCCGAUCCUGCAGCGCCACGGCGUAGGCGAGCCAAGCAGCAGCAGCAGCAGCAACAGCAGCAGCAGCAGCAGCAGCAGCGGAGACAACCACCGCUAUAAUAUGAGGCUGCUAGAGAAGAGCGUCUCCUUCUGGCGGGUCAAAGACGAGACAAUCGAUGAGCUCACCAAGGACUGCCUGAAAGCCGUAUUCGGCGAUGUUGCUGAUAUUGAUAUAUGA